ACUUUAAGAGAGAAACAUCGCCAUCAUGCUGAGGCUACCAACAGCAGCGUUCCUGGUGCUUUACACUCGGUCACCCGACCUACGAUUACGCACUCAAGUCAGAUGGACUUUUUGGAAUUCACGGAACUCUUCCGAUCUUUUCUAGUACGCAUGCGUAAGGAUUUGAAGAACUUGUUCGAACAAGUUUCCGUCACUGUUAGAGCUGUUAACGAACCAUCCGUUUCGAACCCCAAACAGAUUCAAAACGGAAUAAAAGUACAGCAAAAUAAAAUGUUGGGCCUAUUGUCCAGGAAUACUCCCUGUGAUUACCAUUCAAAUAACCAAAGAAAAAAAAUUUGUGAUGCUAUAGCUGCUGCCAGUAUUGUGACGAAUUGUACUGGUGUGGAUACUUCAAAGGUUAUGGUUAUGGGCAUUGUCGAGUUUCAGAACUUCCUAGCGACCAACCAGGGGGAGAACCAAUCGCACGAAGAGGUGGCCGCCUUGAUAAAGCGUCACGAGCCAGACCUUGUCAUGCGCAAAAACUUGUGGCUCUCAUUUGAAGGGUUCGCUAGAUACUUGAUGGAUAAAGACAACUACGCCUUCGUUCCCGAAACGACAUGUCCAAACGUUAAGGUAUGGAACGAAAACCUUUGUUUACAAGAAACUACUAACACACUCCAGAAAAAAAAAAACUAUCUUAUUCAAACCCGACGUUUCGCCUUACGCAUUUAUUUCCGAAACGACAUGUCCAAACGUUAA